GGCAGUCGCUCUCUUUCAUAUUUCGUACAUUAACCGAAAUAUAGUUUAUUCAUUUAAAAUUAAAUGAAAUUCGAUGCUUAAAAAAUUUAUUGGAUUACGUACUUUGUUUUACAGUUUCAGAGGUGUUGGAAUUAAAAUUUCUGCCAAAAUGUCUUCACAUGAGUCUUACAUAAAUCUUGCAUCACAUGGUUCCGCUAAACAUCGUCAUCCAGCAGCUGAAAGAAACAAGAACCCUAUACUUCAAACUCUUAAAAAGUAUAUCGAUGCUAGCGAAAAGGGAUACUUUUUGGAGAUAUCAUCAGGUUCUGGGCAGCAUGUAUCACACUUCGCCCCCAAUUUUACUAAUAUUACUUUCCAACCCACUGAGGUAGAAAAGUCUUCAUUGAAGAGCAUAAAUGAAUAUGUUGCUGAAUGUCCAAGUGGCAAUAUUAAAGAUGCGCAGUUUUUGGAUGUUAGAGAGCCUCCAAAUAUGUGGUUAGGAGGAAGUCUUGAACCAGGAUCAGUAGACUAUAUAUUAAAUGUUAAUAUGAUGCAUAUUUCAGAAUGGGCAUGUUCAGAAGCCUUGGAUCGCAACCUUCUAUUAAACAUUGUCAUCCAGCAGCUGAAAGAAACAAGGAGCCUAUACUUCAGGCGCUUAAAAAGUACAUAGACGUAAAUAAAAAGGGUUACCUUUUGGAGAUAUCAUCAGGUUCUGGUCAACAUGUUACUCAUUUCGCUCCCAAUUUUCCUAAUAUUACUUUCCAACCAACUGAAAUGGAAAUUUCUUCACUGAAGAGUAUAAAUGAAUAUAUAGCUGACUACUCGAAUGGCAAUAUCAAAAAGACACAGUUUUUGGAUGCGAGGGAACCUUUAGAUAACUGGCUUGACGGAACUCUUAAAUCAGGAUCAGUGGACUACAUUUUAAACAUUAAUCUAGUGCAUAUUUCGGAAUGGGCAUGUUCAGAAGGCUUAUUUAAAGGAGCGGGCGAAUUAUUGAAGAAAGACGGCUAUUUAUUUACAUAUGGUCCAUAUUCUUUCAAUGGCUCUAUCACUCCUCAGAGCAACAUUGAUUUCAAUGCGACCCUAAAAGCUCGAAAUCCUUCGUGGGGUUUUCGUGAUGUCCAUAGAGAGCUGGAACCACUUGCUAAAGAAAACGGCAUUGUACUCGAGGGCAAGCAUGAACUCCCAGCAAAUAACCACUUUCUUGUCUGGAGAAAAAAAUAAAAUUAGACUGAUAAUGCAAUAAAUUAUAAUCUGCAUAUAAUAUCUACAAGUGAAAGUAUGUAUUAUUUAAAUUAAAAAUAUGUAUAGUAAAAUUUAAAAAAUAUGGGUUAACAAUUUAUAAUCAAGGUGUUUAUUUGAAAUCAUCUUCUAUAUUACACUUUUGUUGUUAAUUUAUUGUAAAUCUCUAUUUCAUAAUAUAAUUCAUUCAAACUUUGUUGCGAAGAGGGGAACUCUAUAAACAAUUAUACUUCACUUAUUGAAUGUAUUAAAUUAUAUAACCUGGCGGAAAAUGGUAGGUUGAAAUCAUUCUAAAAAAAAUUACUUAAUAUAUCAUAUGAGAAGGAGUUAGUCGAGGGUGCGGUCAAAUAAAUAAAAAUUAAAAUAAAUUAAUUAUUUUAAUUUUUGCCGACGUUUCGACCCACUUUGCAGAUCGUCUUCAGGGCGUAGGAUGUGGCACUGCGGGAGGCAGUUGGGAGGCAUCUCUACAUCAUUACUUAAUAUAUGAUUAUUAGUUUCUUCUAAGAGACUGGGAACUAUGGCAACGUAAUGUUAUCUUCUUAUUAUCAUACUUAACUUUAUUGUGUCUUUUUUUAUAUAUUAUUUUUGAUAAUAAACGUUUUAAUCAAUCAAGAAACCACUCUCAAAUAUGAGGUUUUAUGUUUUAUGAUAUUGAGAAUAUAUAUGCCAAAAGGAAUUGUAAAAGUUUUUGAUAAACAAAUUCAUUAUUAAAAAAAAAAUUAUAUUGAGAAUAAAAAAAUAAAAUACCUAUCCGUCAGAGUUGUAUGCCAUCGCCAUGACUACUGGGCCGAUUGAUCUAUUAAGCACCAAAGUCCCUGGUCGAUCCAGGAUGAUACUGAGAUAUGACAUUACUAUUUAUCAUUACAUAAUUAUAUUGUUAUAAUAAGCGAUUGGUGGGGUCGACAUCGAACCUUCGGGUUCGCUAAGCCUUUUAUUAUUAUAAUUAUAUUGUAUUGAAGGCGGGGAGUAUCUCAGUGAGUUUAUAUAUGAAGUCUGUGACACAUUCACCUUCGUGCACGACCGUUAUCCUUAAAACAGUACUUACUAACAAAGUACUGAACUUAAAACCCUUCAUGUGUUGUAAUGUGGUACAGUUUUUGUUUUUUAUAUAUCAUUAUAUAUAUAAUCAAAGAAAAAACAGUUCAGUACUGCCUAAUUUACCUCAUAACAAACAAACUAAAGUCUCUCCUUUUUCCACAUGUUCGCUCACUUUAUCACUUGAUGUUGUUUUUUCUGCAUAAACUGAUAAAGAUGCCGUGAUUAAUGUCAGUAGGAUUCCAAAAAUGGCACUAUACACUGACCAUCCUGAAAA